GCCAUUCCAAACUCCAAAUCCGAAGAAAAAAUAAAAAGAGGCGCACCCUGACUCACAUGCGAAUCACCAGUCCCCGUUCCCCCUUCCGCGUUCAACGUUCCUCUUUAGCGAUCAGAAGCGGACUGCAAAAAGAGUAAACAAACAAGGCAAUAUAAAAUAUACGAGAGAGAGAGAGAGACAGAGAGAGAGAGAGAGAGACAGACAGAGGCUUAUUGUGAUUUCUAACAUGAAGCUCAUAUUCUCUCUCCUCUUUCUCUCUCUAAAAUUGUUCCCUUUCUUCCACCCCGCCAUCGCCAGAGGCGGCGCACGGACCUCCAACACAUCAGGUUUUAUGGAUCAUAGUUAUGUGGGUGGUUGGGCAAGGCACUUGUUUGAGGAAAACCAAUUUCAGAAACUUGAUAAUUUAGCUCAAGGGUAUAUGACUAAUUCUGAUCUUGAAAAGGCCAUUAAGUCAUUCGGUCAGAGAUGUGCUAACAUAGCCAGGAUAUACAGUAUCAGAAAGAGAAUGAGGGGAGUUCCACUGUGGGUGAUGGAAAUUUCUGACAAGCCUGGGGAGGAAGAGGCUGAGCCUGCUUUCAAGUUCAUUGGAAAUGUGCAUGGGGAUGAACCUGUAGGUCGUGAACUUCUGUUACUUCUAGCAAAUUGGUUAUGUGAUAAUUAUAUGAAGGAUCCCUUGGCGACACUGAUAGUUAAUAAGGUUCACCUUCAUAUACUUCCAUCAAUGAAUCCUGAUGGAUUUUCCCUGAGGCGGCGCGGUAAUGCAAAUAACAUUGAUCUAAAUCGUGAUUUUCCAGACCAGUUCUUUCCUAUCAAUGAUGAUGUGGAUGUGCUGCAACCUGAAACAAAAGCAAUUAUGCGUUGGUUGGAAGAGAUACAUUUCACUGCAUCUGCCAGUUUGCAUGGGGGUGCACUUGUUGCUAAUUAUCCAUGGGAUGGAACUCAGGACAAAAGCAAAAAUUACUUUGGAUGUCCUGAUGAUGACACAUUCAGGUUCUUGGCAAGUGUAUACAGUCGCUCUCACUAUAAUAUGUCUCUGAGUGAGGAAUUUAAAGGAGGAAUUACAAAUGGAGCAUUUUGGUAUCCUAUAUAUGGUGGCAUGCAAGAUUGGAAUUACAUAUAUGGUGGCUGUUUUGAAUUGACCUUGGAGAUCAGUGAUGACAAAUGGCCUACUGCCAAUGAGCUUCCUAUUCUAUGGCAUUUCAACAAAAUGAGCAUGCUAAAUCUUGUUGCGAGCCUUGUUAAGACGGGAGUACAUGGAAGGAUCUUUUCAUCAGACUGUGGAAGACCAUUGCCUGCCUCUGUUGCAAUCAAGGGAAUAAAUUACACGAUUAAAGCUAGCCAGACAUUUGCUGAUUACCAUCGCCUGCUUGCCCCAGGAGGGAGAUUUGAAG